AACGUUUCUCAGGUGAGCUCAGCAAAGCAAAGAACAGCUCCAGAUCAGCUCCGCCAUUGCCGGCGCAAAGGCAUAGCCAUGUCCCUCUUUCAGCUCGGGCUGCGUAGAGCAGCUACCCAGCUAUCCAAAUCUUCAUUCGCUUGCGGUCAAUGUCUAUGUCAACAGGCAUCACCUCCCCCGCCAUCCCACAUUCUCAAGCUCGUGGCGGCCAGAGCUCCGGCGAUCCGUAGCUAUGCCACCAAGACCAAGUCCCCCAUAGCCUCCCUCAGCAAGAAUAUCCAAAACGAAAAGACUUCGAAUAAAACCUCUGAAAAGAAAUCCUCAUUCCCCGCAACCAAUGCCAAAUCCGUUGGGUACUGGCUUCUUGGUAGCGCCGCUAGUGUCUUUGGUAUUGUCGUCUUUGGUGGACUUACACGGUUGACCGAGUCUGGUCUGAGUAUCACAGAAUGGAGACCCCUCACGGGCUCACUGCCGCCCAUGUCCGCCGAGGACUGGGACUCUGAAUUCGACAAGUAUCGCGCCUCCCCGGAAUACAAGCUCAUCAACCCCCACAUGGACCUUGACGAGUUCAAGAAGAUCUACUUUAUGGAAUGGACACAUCGCCUCUGGGGCCGCUUCAUCGGCCUCUCCUUCGUGAUCCCGACUAUCUACUUCAUCGCUCGCCGCAAAGUCACCCCACGGAUGGCUGCCAACCUGGUCGGAAUUUCUGCUCUUAUCGGAUUUCAAGGCUUUAUUGGUUGGUGGAUGGUCAAGUCUGGCUUGAAGGAUGAUCUCUUUGCUCCCGGCUCGCACCCCCGUGUCAGCCAGUACCGCCUCGCCACUCACCUUGCCGCCGCCUUUGCCUGCUACUCCUGGAUGCUUCUCGCCGGUCUCAGCGUCUUCCGCACCCACCGUGCUCUCGGCAACCCCGCGUAUUAUACCGAACACUUUUCCGCUCUGAAGAACCCGGCCCUCAACAUCCUCAGGCGCUCCGUUCUCGGCCUCACUGCUCUUAUCUUUACCACGGUCCUUUCGGGCGCUCUUGUCGCUGGCCUCGAUGCCGGUCUUAUCUACAACGAGUUUCCCAAGAUGGGCACGGGCUACAUGCCGCCCAAGGCCGAACUUCUCGACAAGUUCUACUCCCGCAAGGAAGACGGCUCCGAUAUCUGGUGGCGCAACAUGCUCGAGAACCCUUCAUUUGUUCAGCUCGACCACCGCAUUCUCGCCAUGACCACUUUUACUGCUGUUCUCGCCCUGUUCGCCUACUCCCGCACCGGCCGUGUCCAGGCCGCCAUGCCUCCCAACGUCCGAAAGGGUGUUUUGGGACUCGUUCACUUGGUUUCUCUCCAGGUCGCUCUCGGAAUUACCACGCUUAUCUACAUUGUGCCUAUCCAUUUGGCAGCCACCCACCAGGCAGGUGCUCUUGCACUCCUUUCGGGUGCCCUCGUUUUGGGUCAACGGCUCAGAAUCCCCAAGAAUACUGUGGCGCUGGUUCAGAGGCAAUUGAAGCAGGGUGCUCAGCCCUUGAAGACACAGGCGUUGAGCCAGAAGAUGCAGGAGGUCGCAAAGAAUGCUGCCACCAAGGCAUAAAAAGGAUUUUGGAAAAAAGAAGUCGUGUAUAAAGAUGUAAGACUAUAUAUGACACGAGAUACCCCCCCCCCCACAACUACAUGAUGACAGACAGGAGAUAGGAGUCCAUAGUUGUAUUAUAUUUGUGCAAAAUAGGAAGAUAGAAAAGGGAAAGGAAAUUCAACUCUGGUUUAAAUCACGGAUAUCUUCACGUGUGCCUUUUGGGCAGUCGGGGUGUUUUACCAUUUCAUAGUUGUUUAGGGGAUGUUUGUCCAGUCAGCGUAUCUUGUGGAUGUCUCUGGUUCCUUGUUGUCUGAGCCGAUAUGCUGUGUCACGUUGUUGGUGCCGGCGGAUAUGGAAAGGCAAAAGGACAUUUAAAAAAGAGAGAUGAUAGGGGUGCAUCCCCCCUCCGGAUCGCGGUGCAGUUCCCCCCAGUGGGGUUAGGGCUAUAUGCUAUAUAUGGCCCCUGAAUCUGACAUGACAUUCUCCGACGCCUUUUCCCCAUCACUACCAUCAUUAACGACCAUAACUGCCACGAUAUUGAACUAUUAUGUCUCUGUAAAAGCUAGUAGGUGUGUAUUGCCCUUUCAUUCCCAUUGCUGAUGGUCUUCCGACACCUGGCUGGUCACGCUCGUAGGUGUGAAAGCGAAGAGGUGGGCAUGUUGAUAAACCAUAAAUGCUAGAUAAGGCUCUGUUUUCACGCCGAAUUCGCUAGAUUGAGAUGAGACUUCUGAUCCCAUGGUAUUUGCUCGAGGGUGGGGAGCGUUAGGAGGCAUGUCAUCCAGGUGUUCAUUAGAGGGAGUGCGGGUUGGUGGAGUUCUUCUUGUGAUCUUCAAAUCUGGUGUUCAGCAUGGCUGAGAGACAGAUCUCCGAAUCUUUCUACACAGAAGAUGAUAUGCGGGGUAAUAAGGGGGUCUGGGACAAAACAAAGGGAGCUUACUGAGUAUUGUACUGUGUGGCGGAAGCUGAUCUGGGAUUGGGGUCACUAGAGAAAAGAGGAAGUCUGUUUGCUGGGCAUUGCCUUCCGUUGACAAAAGUUAUCUACUCAGGUUUGGAAGAGAGCUAUUAUUUAGGUACUGUGAUGCUCAGAUAAUACUUCCACAUGAAACUCUGCUGAAUUGAGUUGUUUCUACAGAUUCUCAGGCGCAUUCGACGACAACUCAGCAAAUUUAUCGGCGGGGAUUGCU